CUUCUCACCGCUUACAGGUCUGGCACGCCCGAUGUACCACCUGCCCCCACCUAGCCAAUACAUGUACCCGGACCCGUUCUCACAGAUGCAAUGGCAUCCGUCGUCGAUGUACCCGGUGGCAUCAACGUUCCGCGGGGCGUACCCCGGCUCGCUUCAUGUAAAUACUGGAACAUUGCCAAGGUACAGUCCGCCCGGCAUUGGCCUGCCCGGGUCACCGGCGAUGCCGCCGCACCACCACCACCCGGGUAUCGCCCACCCAGCCAUCGUCACGCCGGGACCAAAACAAGAAAUCCAUCCUCAGGAUCACCAUAGGUACGAUGCGCACAUGAACUCGCUGCUCCUGCACGAGUCACACGGUGGCCAGCCGGCGGCGAGCCACCAGUCGCCGUCGUCGCAGCAGCCGCCGCCGCCGCACCACCACCACCACCACCAGGGGGCGGUGGCGGGCGGUGGCGGGGGGGAGCGCCCGCUCAGCAAGGCUGCGCUCAAGAAGAAGAACCACAUCAAGAAGCCGCUGAACGCGUUCAUGCUUUACAUGAAGGAGAUGCGCGCGUCCGUCGUCGCCGAGUGCACGCUCAAGGAGAGCGCCGCCAUCAACCAGAUCCUCGGACGCCGGUGGCAUGCCCUGGACAACAGUGAAAAGGCGAAAUAUUUUGCACUCGCGAGGAGGGAGCGCGAAUUGCACAUGCAGCUCUACCCGGGCUGGAGCGCGCUGAGACAACUACGCUUCAGCAGCUCAAGCGGAACAAAAAAACGCAAAAGCGCAAGACAAAGACUUCAGGGCCGACGCCCUCAGAUGUCGUUGCAGGAGAGGAGAAUCUAAAGAAGUGCCGAGCGCGCUACGGCCUCGAUCAGCAGGCCCAGUGGUGCAAACCCUGCCAGAGGAAGAAAAAGUGCAUCCGCUACACGGGCGGUGAUGACAGCUCCGAGGACGCGUCGAUUCAGAAUGGCGAGGACGACAUCGAAGAC